UUGGAAAUUUUAGAUUGGGAGUCGUCCCUGUGAUUCCAGCUAUGGGUUCCUCCGCAUCUACUCCUGCUGCUGCAGCAAACACCCCAAAUGCUUCAGAUCAUCAGCCACCUUCACGGCCUUCAGGAUGCCCAAUGCAUGAGAGGCAAAAGAAAGACUGUCCAGUGACUGCAGUAGCAUCUGAUCCAACCAGUGAGAGCAAAGCACACUCUGCACCUGCCCACCAAGAUCGGGCCUAUGAGUACGUGGAAUGCCCUGUUACUGGUGCUGCAACAAAGGAUAAGGAGAACCUUGAUCCUUCAAAUCUGAUGCCACCACCUAAUCAGACUCCAUCCCCAGAUCAGCCAUUUGCUUUGUCUACCUCAAGAGAGGAGUCAUCUAUUCCAAGAGCAGACUCUGAGAAAAAGUGGGUUUACCCUUCUGAACAGAUGUUCUGGAAUGCCAUGCUACGGAAAGGGUGGAAGUGGAAGGAUGAUGAUAUUAGUCAGAAAGAUAUGUAUAAUAUCAUUAGAAUUCACAAUCAGAAUAAUGAGCAAGCUUGGAGGGAGAUUUUGAAGUGGGAAGCUCUUCAUGCUCGUGAGUGUCCUUGUGGCCCAUCAUUGGUCCGAUUUGGAGGCAAAGCCAGAAAAUAUUCACCAAGGGCAAGAAUUCGUUCCUGGAUGGGGUAUGAGUUGCCUUUCGACAGACACGACUGGAUCAUCAACCGUUGUGGCACAGAAGUUAGGUAUGUGAUUGAUUACUAUGAUGGCGGCGAGGUCAACAAGGACUACCAGUUCACCAUCCUGGAUGUGCGUCCUGCCUUAGAUUCAUUCUCAGCAGUAUGGGACAGAAUGAAGGUGGCGUGGUGGCGCUGGACUUCGUAAACACGAAUUUGUUUGUUAUGAAAAAACUGAAAAUAUUUUUUGAGAAAGAUGUUAAACUAUUUUCCCCAAACUAAAUGCACUCAUAAUGUUACCAAGGGUGCUUUUCAAGUGUGUAAUCAAACUUGAUCUUUCAUGCAAAGAUGCAAUGUUCCAUUAAAUUUUGAGUCACAUUUUCCAUUGCAGUUGAAAAUGUGCAUUUAAAUUUUUAAAUUUAAUUUUUUCCCGUUUGGUAUAAGUGGGGAAUGGUCCCUUAGUUUUCCCACUAACUGCAGUAUUUCAUGUUAUUUUCUAUAGACAGUAUGGAAAAGGAGCUUUUAAAAAAGCAUAGGAAGCUGUUUUUAUCCUUACUGUUUUCUCAGGAGUAUUUGAAAGUGUGAUGAUUUUACCUGCCAAAUAUUUUAAACAUACUCAUUAUAAAAGAAGCACUUAACCUUUGUUUUAAAAGUAACCAAUAUUUCUUAAACUCCUAUAGUCUAAGUAGCAACCCUGAACAAAAUGCAAAUGUAUAUUCUGAAUGUACUCUGCAAGACUAAGACAUGUCACUAAGACAUGUGCUAGUGUAUUUUUCAGAUUUGAACUUGAUAGAAGUUUCAGCUCGAUGAUACAUGCAAAUUUCAAAAUAUUUUGCUUCUCAUUCCUGUUCUAAUUUGUAAAUAACCAUUAAUGAAAAGUUGGUCUCACUGUCCGUGAAAGUUGACAAGUUAUCUUGUUAUUACAUCACAUCCCAGUCCAUUCUCCUACCAAGAGCUUGCACACAGUAGCCUAAUGUAAACAUUGAAAGCCUGGCCCGAGUCACAGGGUCAUCAGUGUCCCUUUGAAAAAUAAGAUUAUAUUGGCUAAGUGUUAGAAUUCAUAAAAGGUGUUUUUUUCUUAGAUGUGGAAUAUUUGCAUCAAUUCACCAUUAGUUUUGUGUUUGUUUUAAGCAAGCAGUAAAUUUGCUGCUGAAAAGUGGUUGUUUUAGUUAUAAUUAUAGCAGCAUGUUAGAAAUGACUUGUUUUUUUAAGCGUUGAUACAGUGAAAAUUUUUAAUUUAUCCUAAAUACUGUCGUGUUAAAUUAAUGGAUGGAGUUGGUGUCUUUGAGUUACUAAUUUGAUGUAGAUUUCUUUCUUGUGUGAUGCUUCAAAAACCCAACAUUUAAAAAUAUUUGUAUUUUUUAAAUAAAGUUGACAGUAAAAAGGUUCUGAAACUGCUCA